AGUGUCGCAAUGGCAGCAGAUAGAAGAAGAAUCAAUGGACCGCCUGGUGGCACAGCUCCACCAUACUUUGCUUCAUCAGUUCCUGGAAUUGGCGACACGCCCAUCGAACGACCUGUUAGAACGAGGCAGUCCAACCAGUUACGGAAAAUCUUUUUGAAGACUGGCCUUGCGCCUUCUGCUUCUGGUUCCGCUUAUAUUGAGCUUGAGCCAUCAUCACAAAAUCAUUCGCAUUCGAAAACCUUGGUCACACCUUCGUCCUCUCUCAAAUUGACCUGCACAGUACACGGUCCUCGGCCACUUCCCCGAUCAGCGCCAUUCACGCCCCAUAUACUCUUGUCUACGCAUGUCAAGUUUGCUCCCUUUGCUGCUCGUCAGCGUCGCGGAUAUAUUAGGGAUGCUAGCGAGCGCGACCUCGGGGUACACCUUGAGACUGCUUUGAGAGGCGUUAUCAUUGGAGAUCGUUGGCCGAAAAGUGGCGUUGAAGUGGUAGUCACAAUCCUUGAAGGCGAAGAAGAUAGGUGGUGGGGCGACGAAGCUACCGGAGGAAGCACUGGGAUCGGAGGCGUCGGAGGAUGGGGCAUGAUGAAUGUCCUCGCCGGGUGUAUCACGGUUGCAUCAGCUGCAAUUGCAGAUGCAGGAAUUGACUGCGUUGACCUCGUUUCCGGUGGAGUUGCCGCUUUGGUGGGCAGUACGGCGCCGAGUGAGAAGGCUGAUGACGCUGCGGACAAGCGGCAGGAAAAGAUGGUUGUGCUGGACCCGUGCCCUUCCGAGCAUAAGAACAUUAUAGCUGCAUGUGUGGUCGGCUAUCUCUUCGCAAGAGACGAGAUUACGGAGUUGUGGCUUAAAGGAGACAUGCCCGGAACGGCCAACACCAAGGAAGGCGGCUCUGGUGGCAUAUUGGAACAGCAGAACCUCAUUGACCAUGCGGUUGAAGCAGCGGCCGCUGCUCGACUUGUCCUCGGGGAUGCCGUCAAGGAAGCUGCGGAGCUGAAACUACGAAAGAAUGCCUCGUCGAAGCAAAACACUUCCACACAAGACCGGAGUACAUCCGUUGAUGUAGAAAUGGGUGGAUAACCAUUAACAUGAUUGUGCUUCCAUUUCAUCCGCACUCUUCUUUUUUUUUUUUU